AGGUGUUCAUGAACGCCCAUCUGUUUAAUCCGGAAGUGCGAGGAGCCACUGGUCUAUACUGUAGUCUCUCGCUCUCUCUCUUUUUUUCUUUCUUUUUUUUUUUUUUUUGAGCACAUUUACAAACGCAAUGGCGCAAGCAAAAAAUGUGACCGUUUCUCAGGGGGUUCGUAUGCUGUUCAGUCUGAUGACUCCUAAUGAAUCAUCAUUCGCGACUGUUCAAGAGGUGCCCACAUAUGUCAGUCAGGCCACACCAUAUUUCACUGGUUUGAUAAUAUUGGAGAUUGUGUUGGGAUGGUUAAAGAAAGAUGGCCCUCGCAUCAAGAUAAACGACUUUAUCACAUCUUUGUCCGCAGGCGUGAUGUCCCGUCUGCCUCAGCUCAUGAUGAGAAGUUUGGAACUGUCAGCUUAUAUUUAUGUCUGGAACAACUUCCGUUUAUUGGAGCUUCCCUGGGAUUCAGCUUGGACGUGGUGGCUUGCGUUUCUUGGUGUGGACAUGGGAUACUACUGGGUCCAUCGAUUUGCCCACGAGUUAAACAUCCUGUGGGCUGCCCAUCAGGUUCACCACAGUUCUGAGUACUACAAUCUGUCGACAGCACUACGCCAGUCUGUCACCCAGCAGUUCUCCUCAUGGGCGUUUUACCUUCCUUUGGCGCUGAUGGUCCCUCCGUCAGUUUUUGCAGUGCACAUACAGUUGAACCUGCUCUAUCAGUUCUGGAUUCAUACUGAGCUGGUCAAAGAUCUUGGACCUCUAGAGUGGAUCCUAAAUACUCCCAGCCACCACAGAGUUCAUCAUGGGCGAAAUCCAUAUUGCAUCGAUAAGAAUUAUGCAGGAAUUCUGAUUAUAUGGGACAGGAUGUUUGGUACAUUCGCUCCUGAAAGUGAUCAUGUUGUCUAUGGGCUCGUACAUCCAAUCAGCACGUUUGAAAUCUGGACUGUUGAGUUCCUUUAUUACCCGUACCUAUGGCAGAGGUUCUGGGAAGCUGAAGGAAUUUCAAAUAAGCUGUCCGUCAUUUUUAAAGGGCCAGGCUGGACUCCAGGAAAACCAAGACUGGGAGACAUCGCUGAUAUUCCCCAGAUUACAGGAGAGGAAAUGCCUUAUAAUCCAACAUGGUCCCCUGCGAUGCAAGCAUAUGUGCUUGUACAGUUCUUUCUUCUGCUGGAUGUAUAUAACAACUUAUUAAUGGAUCAAACGAUACUUUCCGAGAUGACUGUGCUUCUUUUGACUGCCUACGUCUUACUUUCUCUAACUUCUUUGGGCUUCCUGAUCGAUCAGAGGGCUAAUGCAGCUGAAAUGGAGAUGCUGAGAUGUGUUUUGACAAUGGCUCUUCUACGGUUUGGUUACAUCAAGCCUCUGGUGCCUUUGUUGGCUUUUCCAAUUGAAGCCUUUGUCUUAAUCUCUGCAGUCUACUGGAGUCUACAGUGUGUGAACCAGCGCAUCAACAGGAUGAAGAAAGAAAACUAGAUAAGACAUCAACAGCUUACAACCUUACACACAAAACACAUUACACACAAACUGUUUACGAUUCAGUGUCCUGCAUCAGUGACAUCUUCCAUACAUUUAACUGUGAGAUUAGUCCUUUUUAACUUGACCAAAAAACUGCUGCUCUCACAAACUCUUCACACUUUAGUUUGGCAUUGAACAGAUGCUAUAAAAUAUCAUGAGUUAAGAUAUCGUAAAGACAGAAUGAUUUGUAGUUCUCAGAAUGGUACUAACCACUUUAUAACUAACUUUUCAGCCAUAAUCAAUGCAUGUGGUAGAUUAAAUUCAAAAGGUACCAACAAACUUUAGCUUUAUCUGCAUGCAUACUUUUAUUUGAAAUUGAACAAAUAAUACAAGUACAAUAACUAGUGUAUUAUGAAAAUUUUCAGAAAUUAUACAUACAUAUAUAUAUAUAUAUAGAGAGAGAGAGAGAGAGAGAGAGAGGGAUCUAUCUGUGUGUGUGUGUGUGUAUUAUUUUAGUAAAACUCUUUUCUGAAUAAACCCCAAAAAUACCGGUUGUUAAUAGCUGUGGUGUGAUUUCAUGUAACUGUAUGAGUUAACACCAGGUGGUGCUAGCAGGACCCCUAAAACAGCGUCCCAUUUCAUUCUAUGCCCUGUAUGUGUUCAUUGAUCAUUUUAAUGCGUGUCAGGGCUAGUUUCACUGGAGAGCAAUUACACCACCACUGUCAUAUGAGCUGACUGUUUGGAAUGGUUCAAGUAAUAUUAGUUCAUAAGAACCUUGGUAUAUUAAAAAAAAACCACUUCAGUCAAUGUGCAGUCAGUCAGCAAGACAAAAAGAAAAAAACAGUCUGCCUCCCAACAGAAUAACAGCAUUUAUUUUAUUAAAUGUUAAUAACAUAUAAAACUGUGUUUGAAUUUAUAUUUUCUUUGUCAAAGCUUGUUUUUAUGAUUUAAAACGCCACCUUUCUUACAAUAUGAUAUGACAUGCUUGUCACUAUUUCAUAGUUUCACAGUUUCAUAACAUCUGGAUUUCACACCUGGAAUAAAGCAAGGUGGUGUGCCUGAGUGGUGUAAAUAAUUAAUGACACAUUAGUUUGAUGUCUUGCUAACAGAUCUCUGGAGGUGUGUGAGUUUAAUAUGUUACUUAAAUGUUACUUCUCAUUAGGGUUUCAGAAUCUGCAGAGUAUUAACACAUUAUCUUUUUUCUUUCUCAUGGUGAAGCCUUCCGAAAUAUCACUAACUGGUUUACUUCAUUUUGAUGAAUUAUGUUACACGUUUGCUUCUGAUGUAAUAUAUAACAUAUCUGUAU